AUGACUGAUAAAACUAAUUUUCCUACUACAGUAUUUGUAUCUGGUGCUUCUGGAUUCAUUGCUCAAGAAUUAAUCAAACAAUUGAUAAUAAAAGGAUAUAAUGUUAUAGGAUCAGUAAGAUCCACCACUAAAGGAGAAUCAAUUAAAUCCAAUUUAACAUCCUCAUCAACCACACAAUCAUUGAAUAGUGAUUUGUUUAAUUAUACAAUUAUUAAAGAUAUUUCAUCACCAGGAGCAUUUGAUAAUGUAUUAAAACAAUAUCCCGAAAUUGAGAUUUUUUUACAUACAGCAUCACCAUUUCAUUUUAAAGCAGGAAAUAUUGAACAAGAAUUAUUAAUUCCUGCAAUUAAUGGUACUAAAAAUGCCUUAUUGGCAAUUAAACAAUUUGGUCAUAAAAUUAAACAUGUAGUGAUUACUUCAUCAGUAGUUGCCGUUGGAAAAUUUGGGAAAUUUCCUCGUACCAGUACGGGCUCAACAUCAUUGUCUUCAUCAGUGGUGGUUGCUGAUGAAAAUUCAUGGAAUCCAAUUACUUGGGAAAUGUCAUUGAAAAAUCCUUUUUAUGGAUAUUUUGGUUCGAAAACUUUUGCUGAAAAAGAAGUUUGGAAAUUUUUACAAAUUGAAAAUCCAAAAUUUAAUAUAACGACAAUUAAUCCAGGUAUGGUAUUAGGACCACAAGCAUUUCCCAUAAACAACCAUAAUGGUGGUGGUGCUGGUGGUGCUGGUGGUACUAACAAUUUAGAAUUGAAUACUUCAUCACAAGAAAUAGUUCGAUUAUUGAAUUUAUCAACUGUUGAUGAUGUUAAUAAAGUUAAGAUUUCAACUAAAGUAGAGAAUACAUUUAUUGAUGUUAGAGAUGUUGCAAAAGCUCAUAUUAUAGCAUUUGAAAAACCUAAACAAACUAAAAAUAAACGAUUACUAUUAAUUGAAGAUAUUUAUAAUGAACAAACAUUACUUAAUAUCAUUAAUAACAAUUUUCCUCAAUUAAAUUUACCAAAAGGUGAACCUAUUACUGGUCAAAUUGAUGAAUCCAAAUUAAAUAAUACUUGGAAUACUACACAAACUAAAACCAUUUUUGGUGAUAAAUAUAUUGGAAUUGAAAAAAGUGUGAUUGAUUCAGUUAAUCAAAUUCUUGAAGCUAAGAAUGAGGGUAAUCCUCAAUGUAAAUUGUAA